UGAGAGAGCCAGCGAAUUUGAAACCGUUAAAGUCCCUGUUUCUGGUCCCUUCUCCUCACGAGCUCAUAAGAGGACAAGGACACCCCAUAAAACUGCUGCAGAACAGCAGCCACGCUGAGUUUGGAGCACUAUUUCAUUUUCUGGAGUACCUGAAAGCCUCCGUUAUCCACAUCCACCAUGAAAGCCACCAUAUUCUUCCUUCUCUUGACCAUUUUAGCUCUUUCAAGAGGCCAGUACCACUAUCAGGGCCUGAUGAACUACUUGGAAAACAGGAUGCUGGCGAUGGAGGAACGCAUCGCACUCUGGCAUGAGCAGAACAACCGCUACAACUCUGACCUGAAGGAGUUCAGACAGCAGGCCGCAGAUCUGUUGGAAAAACUCAGCAAAGACCACAGCAAACUGCGUUCGGACUUGGAGGGCGCAGGGGCAAGAGUGGACCGAGUGGAGCGUGAGAUGGACUACAUCGAAACCAAGAAUCCGCCAAAGCCUUGUGUGAAAGCAGCGGACAAAAUGGUGGAGCAGGAUGUAGUCGUCAAAGAGAAGAAGAAGGAAGAGUUCUUUGAGCUGUCAGUGUGUGUGAACAUCAUAUCCAGUCUCAAAGCAAUGAAGAUCCUUAAGAGGUUAGGAAGCCCUAAAGGUCUUUGGACCAAAGAUGCCAGGUCUGCAAAAAUUUACAUCUUCAACGGGACGUCUGACAACACGCUGUACGAGUUCAGCUCCAUGCGAGAACUUUCUUCAUCGUCAGGCGUAUCUAAAGGCAAGCAGAUCACCGUCCCCACCGCCUGGAAUGGAACGGGUCAUGCAGUCUACGACAGCUUUCUAUAUUACAUCAGUGAAAGCUCAGAGCUUCAAGUGAUUAAAUAUGACCUGACGAAUGGUUCGGUUGCAGACACUGCGGUUCUUCCAAUGGAGGAGCGUAGCCCAGUGUAUCAGCUCAAUCCAGAGACUCUUGUGGAUCUGGUGGCAGAUGAGGAUGGGUUAUGGGCGCUGUAUCCGGCUGGAGACACGAUUAAUCUCGCCAAGAUGGACUCAAACUCUCUGGAUAUUGAGCAGAUGUGGGACACGGCUUGUCCGAGGAGCAAUGCUGAAGCUGCUUUUAUAGUCUGCGGCACGGUUUAUGUGGUUUAUAACAGCAAGCCUCCAAGCCGUUCGCGUGUGCAAUGCGUGUUUGAUGUGAAUGAUAUGGUGAGCAACGGAGAGGCUCCUCUGAUUUAUUUCCCCAGGCGUUACGGGGCUCAUUCCAGCCUCAAAUACAACCCCGUGGAACGCCAGCUCUAUGCUUGGGAUGAUGGGUAUCAGAUUCUCUAUAAACUGGAGCUCAAGAAGAAGCUAUGGGCGGUAAUGCCACCGCCUGAGGAAUAGUGGCGGUUUUUAGCUCUUAAAGGGGUUUCUUACUCAAAAUGGAAAAUUCUGUCAUGAUUUAUUCACUCUCGAAUUAAAUGACUUGAACAUAAUCAAAGAUAUUUCGAAGAAUGUGGAUUUCCAAACAGUUGCUGUUUUUCUUUGUCUUUGACAGUAUAGUACACUCAAAAAAAAAAGUAUGCUUGUUCAUCGUACUCAUUUAAAAUAAGCUUAAAAUAAGUUUAUUGGUGGAAAAACUAAUGAUUUUAUGUUCAAUCCACUUGAAUUUGUAAAAACUAUUUUGUUAACUUAAUCAAGUUGUGUUGGGACAAGGGUGUUGGGAACCCAGCCUUUUUACUGUGUAAAAAAACAAAAAUUGGGGUUAAUAAUAAUAUGAAUAAUUCCUUACAUUUACAGAAUAUAGCACUUUUCUGGACACUCAAAGCGCUUUACACAUUGGGGAAAUCUCAUCCAGCACCAGUGAGCAGAAUGACGUGACGACUAUUACGCCAGACCGCACACUACACACCAGCUGAUUGGUGGAGAGGAGACAGAGUGAUGAAGUCAAUUAUGAUUUGAUGCCAUGAUGGACAUAAGCCAUUAAGGGACAUUGAGCGGCCCACUGCUGGUCUCACUAACACCACCUCCGGCAGCAACCUAGCUUUCCCAUGUGGUCUCCCAUUCAGGUACUGAUCGGGCGCAGCCCUUCAGUGGGCGAGCAUGUGAGAGUUGCAGAGAGCUAACUGCCGGGUUCCAUGCGAUCGAUUUGUAUUAGGACAACAUGAAGGAAUUAAGUAAGCUUAUUAGUUUUUACAAAUUUAAGUAGAUCGAAGUAAAACAAUUAGUUUGUAAAAAAAAAAAAAAAAAACAUUAACAAUUGUGUUGUUUCGGCUCACUUUAAAUAAGUACCUUGAACAAACAGCAAACGUAAUUUUUCGAGUGGGUUCGAGUGGGUACUACAGGACAGUCACCAGAUUUUUCACUACAUUAUGAUUAUCAGGUUGUAGCCAAAAGGAUUCAUAAUGAUGAAAUAUUGAUAUUGUGUAUCAACAGAAAUAUUGAAAUAAUAAUAUCAAAAAUAAUGUUAUAAAGUCAAAAGUAUCUAUUUUUUUCAUGUAUUUGGCCAAUUAAAGCAUUAGUUCACUCAAAAAUUAUGUCAUUAAUUACUCACCCUCAAAUCGUUUUAACCCCUUAAGAUCUUCGUUCAUUAUCGGAACAAAAAUGUAUAUAUUUUCAAUGAAAUAUAAGAGCUCUCUGACCCUCCAAGGGUAAACAUAUAAUCAAACUGCAAUCUAUAUUUGUUAUCAUACGAAGCUCCAUGAAUCGUUUUAUGUGCAAACAAAUGUAAAAAUGACAAUGUUUGCCAAUGUUUCUUGUGUCAGUGUUAGUAAACCUUAGUAAACACACAUCCAGAAGACCUGAUGAGGAAUGGAAGAUAUAGGUGAACAUUACAGGUUUUGUUUGGCACACAAAAAAUAUUCUUGGAGCUGUGUAAGGUUACAGUUGAACCUCUGAUGACACAUGGAAUGUUAUGACAAAUGUUCUUUGUUCAUUUUCUGGACUUUGAAAGUCUUUUGACUGUUGCUGUCUAUAGAGGAAGAGAGAGAGAGCUCUAGGAUUUCAUCUAAAAUACUGUAUAUUAAUUUGCAAUCCAAAGAUUAACAAAGAUCUCAGAGGGUUGAAACAACAUGAGGGUGAAUAAUUAAUAACAGAGUAAUUAAUAACAGCGUUUUCUAACCCUUUAUAUCAUGUUGCAUACAAAAGCAGUAUUUGCAUGCAGACUUUUAUAACUUAGCACAACAUUAAAGUACAAUCAUUUAUGUGAAUAACAAACAUAUAUUUUUACUCCAAACACUGUUGUUACAGUCCAGUCCAGUUUAAUAAUGCUCUUCUGUGAAUCUUAAAUAUUAUAAAGACAAACAUUUAAAAAUAUUUAUAUUCUUGAGCAGAAGAAGGUAGAUUUUUAACUUGAGGGUGUGUAAAUGAUGACAGAAUUGACAUGUCUUUUAGUCAGCUAUCCCUUUAAAGGGUCUCAUAUCCUUGGCUUUGAAUGUUUGUGUUAUUCCUAAAGGGGCAGUAACUGAAAAUGAAAACACUGUCAUAAUUACUCUCAUGUUGUCAAGUUCAUGUUGUCUUUCAUGAGACACAUUUUGAACAAUAUAUUCCACAUUGUAUGGAGACUGAGGUAUUCAAGCUUAAAAAAAAACAAACAACAACAAAAUAAAAGAAUCCUAAUAUAAUUUUCUGACCACAUUUAAAUUGAUAAGUUGAUUCGCUUUGUAAAAACCAAAGGAAUAAACUAUGAGUCAAAACGUUUAUGCUGUAAUUUGAGUCUUAAAAGCAUAACACUAAAAUAUUUUUCUCACAUAUGUAAAAGGAUCAUCUUUUUGCUUAGCAAUUUUUUUCCUAGUACAUAAUAUAAAUACCCUCAAUUUGUGUUUAUUUCCAAAACAUUUUUAAUUAUUUUAUAGUAGUUUUCUGUUUUUGAAGCUUGAAUGUUUCAGUGCCUGUCAAUUGUGUUGGCAUGGAUAGCAGAAUUCAGCAAAUUGAUUAAAAUCAGGCAGCUUUGGAACAACCCAAGCCAUAAAUAAUGACAAAAUGUGGAUUUUUGAGACGACUCCAUGACCUUUAUCGGCACACAGAUGUAUUGCUUUUGUUGCACAUUUUAUUCAAAUUUAAUGUCUCAAUAAUAA